AUGUCUCACAAAGUGUUGGAUCACAGGCACAGCCACCUUAGCCGCACCACGAAAUCCUCCCUCUUCUCCACCAUCUCAUUUGCUGCCAUCUUCUUCAUUAUCUAUGCAGACAUCUUUGUCUCCAACCUUCCCAUGCAAACAAUUGACUUGAGAAAUCAUGAAGUUCUUGACCAUAAUCAUGACCAGACUCAAGUGCCUCAGGAGCAAAUUGAGUCAACCUUCAUAACUGAUCAGAGCACGCCACAGCUUUCAAUUCAAGCAAAGAUUGAGGAACAUGAAGAUGAAAUUCGUGAUCCUCUGGUUCCUCCAGAAAAUGCCACAAGAGUGGAAAGACUUGUGUGGUUCCGACGAAAACUGCCAGAGCUAGAGAUACUCAAGUCAAACAACUUGUCACAGCAGUUCCAUGGUCGAGUGCUCGAGUUCCUCAACAAUGGAUGCAGCCUUCAAUUCUACAUGGUAUGGCUUUCACCAGCAAAGUCAUUUGGGGAAAGAGAUUUCUUGACCAUGGACACCCUCUUCAAAUCCCACCCUCAAGGAUGCUUGAUGAUCAUAUCAAACUCCAUGGACUCAGCAAGAGGGUACAGAAUCCUGAAGCCUUUACUUGACAGAGGGUUCAAAAUACUUGCAAUCGCACCAGACUUGCCCUUUCUUGUCAAGAACACACCAGCUGAGUCUUGGCUUGAAGAAUUAAAGAGUGGCAGGACAGACCCAGGUUACAUCCCAUUAUCUCAAAACCUAGCCAAUCUGAUUAGGCUUGCAAUGCUAUACAAAUAUGGAGGUAUCUACUUGGACACAGACUUGAUAAUUCUGAAGGAUUUAUCUGGGUUGAGGAAUGCAAUUGGAGCACAAAGUUUGGAUUCGAGUCCAAAAUCUGGAACAGACUAA